AUGGAAACUGAGAGAAGGAGAGUCAUAUUGAAGCCUUAUAGGAAGAUGGAAAACAAACGAGGAGAUUUCUAUAAGUUUGUUUUCCUCAAAGACUCUGAGCAGACCUCCUCAGAGGAAGCGCUAAAGACGCUCAAGCAGCCAGAAAAGGAAGCCAAGACUCGACAUCAGGAAACAACUUCCCGAGUAAGUUUGGGGAUCCAACCAAUACAGAGGAAGCCGAGAGCUUCAGAGGAGAGCUUUGAGCUGCAUAAAGGCAGGAUCCCUUACGUAACUGGGUGGAUUUAUAUUUUCCACGUCAAACACGGGGGGCCCUCAGAAAGUGACUGACUCCUCUGGGGAAGGGGUUGGGUCUGAAAGUCACCGGAUCUGCAGGCCAAACACAACAGGCCGGAGUAACAGAGAGGAGAGCUGCCACCUCUUAAAUGGAGGAGAGUUAAACUCAAGUCCAAAAACAAAGCCGUUAAACUCGGGCUUGGCACAUUCAGGCUGUGUCAGAGGGCAGAAAAUCCUGUCGGGGUGUUAAACACCGGCUCCGAUUCAUACGAGCUACAAACUUUUCAGAACAAUAACGUACUCUUUAAACCAGGCACCAACUUGUCCUCACCUUUUCGCAUAUUUUCCAGAGAAAUUAUGAGACAGAAGGUGGCAAAACUUUACAUCCCAGACUUCAUUAUGAGCGACAAAUACGUCAAAGAUCACAGUCGUCUUAAAGAAAACAUCUUUGAAAUCAGACAGAAUCCCAGAGAAAACUUCUAUAACAGAAAUAUUCAACUGAAAUUUGAUCAGCCCCCAAUGAAAACACUCCGAUACAAGAAAACAUCUUGUUAA